GCUGCCUCGGCCACGGCACGGCGCGUCUCGUGCGCGAACGCAUCGCGCGCGCACGCGGGCGCGCGCCUCAUCUUCCGCGCAUGCGCACGGCGGGGGCCCUGCCUUAGCGGGUCGCCGCCGCUCGGAGCGCCGCCCGCAAAAUCCCGCAUCAAACCACGCGGACCCGCUGCUUGGGCAGGCGCACGCACGCCGCGCCCGCGCACCCCGGCGAUUGAAAGCAAAAAGCCCGCGCCGUUCCGUCGCCGCCGACACGACCACGCGCGUCGCCUCAUCCGAGAAAAACCCUUUCGUCUAGGAUAAGAAGCGACCCGAAAGUUGGUCCCGCGGAUGGACGGUGUGAAUGCGGCGCCGUGAACAGUUUGGCCACGAGCGAGUGUUCGGUUGGUAGGUAAACGAUUGGCUCGGCUGAAGGAAGGAGGCCCGAAACGUCCUAGCUGCCCACUCCCCGGCUGCAGGAAGUGAUCGCGAUGAAGCGCUCUAACCGGGUAACCAAGUAAAUGCGCAGGCAAUUCCCGUAUGCGUCUCCUUUCGUGAUUUAAAUGAGCGAAAAUCUCCCUUUGUCCGUUUGUUCUGUUGCUCCUUUCACGCGCGAGAUGAUAAGUUACGUGCCGCGUGGCAUGCCUUCGUAAGAGCUGUAGGGAUUUCAAAACAGAAGAAAGACAUGGCCACUGCUUCCUUAGAGCGCUCCUCCUUGUGGUGGUGUGUGGCGCUCACACCCAAUGGGAAGGUUGCUCCGGCCGGAGGUGACGCGAUCGCGCCCCGCCUGGAAUUGGCGCUCAUAGCGAGCCACCCGAUCACUAUCGAGGACAUCGGCCAUUUCUUCUAGGCCGUCUUGUGCCGAAGGACAUGGGAUCGUGGAUUCUCAUUGCAGCAACCUUUCUCUGGGGCUCCUCCGGGCUCGGACGGGCCGGGCCCGACAAGCUCCCGCUCGGCUCGGCAGACUCUCUCAAGCACAGAGGAUCGGGAAGGUACUCCGGAGGCAGAUCCAACAGUAACUUGUACAUAGGCGCAAUCUUUACGCCCUACUCACGGGAGCAGCAGACAGCCUACGAAUACGUCAUGUACGAGCACAACAAGGGCGACUCGAGGUUCAAGGUCAACUCCUCUACGGGCGUGGUCCUGAAUGACGACCCCUUCAACAUGACCCGAGAAGUGUGCCACCAGAUGAGCCGCGGAAUCAUCACCGUGGUGGCUCCGAACGUGGGCUCGUCGUACGAGACGCUGGUGUCGCUGUCCAACACGUUCCACAUGCCGUUCGUGAGCACCUCGUUCCCCGAGAUGGCGACCUACCGGCCGCCCUCUUUCGGGGUCUCGCUCAAGCCCAACUACAUACCGGCCAUCCUGGACGUCAUCAGUCACUACAACUGGUCCUUCAUCAUCUACCUCUAUGACUCGGACGACGGCCUGCUGAAGCUGCAGCAGAUAUUCCACAUGACGGCGAACAAAAAGCUCGUGGUGCGCGUGGUGAGACGCUUCUUCAACGUAUCCGACGCCAACUCUUUCCUGCACCAGAUGGAGCUGAACGACCGCGAGUCGCGCAAGUACGUCGUUCUGGACAGCACCGCCGACGUGGCACGAGACAUCAUCAUCAACCACGUGCGCGACCUGUACACUGGCCGGAGGAACUUCCACUUCCUCCUUACCAGCCUCGUAAUGGACGAGUACUUUAACAACCAAAUCCUCGAACUCGGAGUGGUCAACGUCACCGGCUUUAGGAUUAUCCAGGUCAACAAAGACGAGUUCAAACAGUUUCACAAACCUUGGGAAAAGCUCGACCACAGCAAAUGGCCUGGAGCUGGAACACCCCAUGUAUCCGCGGACGUGGCGCUGAUGCAUGACGCAACAAAAGUGAUCCUGGACACCUACAGUCGCUUGCUGAAGAACAAGUCGGACAUCUUCCGCAACAACUUUCGCAGAGGGGAAGUGUACAACCGUGGAAUGAAAGGCAUCGACUGCCAAAGCUGGCCGGCCGUCACGUGGGAGCACGGGAAGGCUAUCGCCGAAUUUCUGAGACAGACGCACAUAAUUGGCCUUACAGGAAACAUAUCAUUUGAUGCGCAAGGAAAUCGUGUGAAUUUUACUAUCGACGUAGUUGAAAUGACGAUGAACAGUGAAAUGGUGAAGAUUGCGGAGUGGAGUGACUCGUCUGGUUUACAUCCUCAUCCACCAAAGUACAAACGAGUAAAACAAGACAGCGAACUAGAAAACAAAACAUAUAUUGUGACUAGCAUUUUGGAGGAACCAUACCUGAUGUUCAAGAAGCCCGAACCAGGGCAAGUUUUAGUUGGAAACGAUCAGUUUGAAGGAUACUGCAAAGAUCUGGCCGAUCUAAUAGCUGACCAAGUCAAAGUCAACUACAUCCUGAAGCUUGUCAACGACUCCAAGUACGGGGGUCGCGAUGUCAACUCUCCUGCCGGAUGGAAUGGGAUGGUCGGCGAGCUUAUCCGCCAGGAGGCGGACAUUGCUAUCGCACCCCUGACUAUCACGUCAGCCCGGGAGCGGGUUAUCGACUUCACUAAGCCCUUCAUGUCGUUGGGAAUCAGCAUCAUGAUCAAGAAGCCCAUGAAAAUGAAGCCCGGCGUGUUCUCCUUCAUGAACCCGCUGUCGCGAGAGAUCUGGAUGUGCAUCAUAUUCGCCUACGUUGGCGUCUCGGUGGUGCUCUUCCUCGUCAGCCGGUUCUCGCCACACGAGUGGCGCUACGAGGAGACGUUCGUGGGGCCCUCGGUGUCCAACGACUUCUCGCUCUACAACAGUCUCUGGUUCUCCCUGGGAGCCUUCAUGCAACAGGGGUGCGACAUCUGCCCCAGAUCGGUGGCUGGUCGCAUCGUUGGCAGUGUGUGGUGGUUCUUCACGCUCAUCAUCAUAUCGAGCUACACUGCCAACCUGGCUGCUUUCUUGACCGUCGAGCGAAUGGUCACGCCCAUCAAUUCCGCCGACGACCUUGCUAAGCAAACGGAGGUAGAGUACGGCACGCUGUCCUUCUCUUCUACUCAAGAAUUCUUCCGGAACGGUCGAUACAUGGAUGAUCGCGAGGUUUGGGAGAACUAUGAAGACGACGAGAUCCCUUGCACGUGGACAGGAUCAGACACCUUCUCUUGCCCAUCUAUCUUUCGCUCCAAGAUCGCCGUGUACGCACGGAUGUGGGAGUUCAUGAACACCCGCAAGCAUGUCUUCACGUCCACGUACGAGGAAGGCAUUCGGCGCGUGCGUGAGUCCAAGGGCAAGUACGCGUUCCUCAUGGAGUCCACCAAGAACGACUACAUCAACGAGAGACACCCCUGCGACACCAUGAAGGUGGGGAGGAACCUCGACGCCAAGGGAUAUGGCGUCGCAACGCCGCUUGGUUCUAAUCUGAGGGAUCGGCUGAAUCUCGCUGUUCUCAGCAUGAAAGAAAACGGAGAUUUGGCUCGCCUAGAGAACAAAUGGUGGUAUGAUCGCAGUGAAUGCAGAAGCGGUGACAGCAAGGAGUCCACUCAGAACGAGUUGACACUGAGCAACGUCGCCGGCUGCUUUUACAUCCUUAUCGGGGGACUCGUGCUGGCCAUGGUGGUGGCCUUGCUAGAAUUUUGCUACAAAUCUCGCAUGGAAGCAGCGCGCUCAAAGAUGACAAUGUAUGAGGCAAUGAAGGCCAAAGUACGAAUGUCCAUCACAGGGACACAACAUGGCGAUCGUGGAAGGGUCCAGCAGAUGUACAGCCCCACGGCGAACAUGGUCGGAGCGGACCACGGUAGUCUCGAACAUUAUGCUGUCGCCGGAGACAACACCCACACCCAGGUCUGACCACAGUUAAGCCUCUCGCUCAUACAAGCUGCACACCCGUGAGAGACACUCCAAGCGCAGAAGACCGGACACUCAUGUGAACGCUGUGUGAUGGACUUUUGAAGGAGCCCGGGCGCACAGGCUGCUACAUCGAAUCUGGGCUCUCAAAAGUGUUAACGGUGUUGUGCAUUCACGGUGCCGACUCCGAAGAAUCCGAGUGUGCGUGGAGGUCUACAGAGUAUCUAUCAACAUUUUUACGCAGAUUCUCUUCAGGUCGAACCUAUCGAUAUACUGUAGCGGGUAUUUGUGCAGCGCAAUGCCGCUUGAGUUCGUGCAGACACAAUUUUCACGAGUAAGAGCACUGUUACCUAAUUCCCUAUGGUGUUCAGCUCAAUUCUGAACUGAAAAAGUAGAGUUCAAGAAGUGUGUUCUCGUCACCUGACUGCAAGUGGAUAAGGAAGAUCGUGAGAACUGUCUUCUUUCUUUAAGUUUAAAUUUGAACGCUUUCCCGCUAUAUAGUACUCUGUGACCCGCGUUCAGCCAUUUUCGGCGCUCACAUGGUGUUCUACUGAGGUUAGCAAAGACUCCAUGCGAAGCUGGAGUUAAAUCAAGUUGAGAAAACGUCAAGCGACAAUGCGUUGUAGUUAAUUUCGCGCCGCACGUCUGCUUCUGUACGAACGCGAGGUCGUUAAUAUAGCGAAUUGGAGCCCCAAUAUGUUUCCAGUGGGGCGAAAACAAGCGACGUAGUCUCUUCUUUGAGGAAGCUUCCACCACAACGGCCUGCAAGUUUUUAUAUGCAUAAAAAGCAGGCCUUACUCUUGCACCGAUACAUCAUUUUACAGCACAGAACUGACGAUGACGGGUCAGUAUGAUCUCUUUGUACAUGAACAAAUUUUGGAGACUUCAACGAGUUCAAAGCACAGCUCUUUUCAAGACAGUAGAGAAAGUGAUAGGGAUUCAAUAUUGCUUAGAUUUCAAAAUUAGAUAUCAUUAUAUUACUCCUCGUGAUUAUCCCACGCUUGAACGUAGAAAAAGAUGGCACCUGAAACAAAACAAAUUACGUUAUCAUUAAAGUGCAUCAUACCAAUUAUGUGACAGCUACAAGCAAGUAUCACAUAAACUCGACUUAUACAUUUUUACAGAGUGUUCCUUUAGUCUAGGCGGACGUUGCAGAAACUUCGUUUGAAGUCACACAGAUAUAACAAAGCUGUUGACGUAUUGUAGAUAUAUCCUCCCAACUGUUCGGGAACUCCUUAGGAAGCGACUUGUAUCAUUUUAAUUUCCAAUCAUUUUAUGAUGUUUAAAAUGCAAUAAGCAAGCCUCUACGAUUCUUUCGUGGAAUAGAAACUCAAGACAUUAUUGUUGUUACCUCACGAUAACGCAGUGCUUGUUAGCAGCGUUUCCUCAUAAAAGCACAAAUACUUUCGGCAGUUAAACCGUGCUUGUACAUACUUAAUUCGCUUGGGUACCUUCAAGGCCGACACGGUGCUAGUUAAGUUUGGAAGCAUCUGUUUCAUUUUGGUCGACUGGAGUCCCUUUCAAUAGUGUCCCUAGUAGGAUGCUCACAAGACAAAACAUGAUUGCAGCGCUUUGGUAACCGUCAAGCAGUUUCAGUAAUCUAAAGAAAGUUAGCAAGUGUAUACCAUUAAAAUACUAGCUGUUGUAUUUGUUGACUGACUGAGACCAUCAUUUUUUUAAAGUCGAUUGAACAGUGGUUGACGUUGCACAAAGACAAGGUCUUCUUGCGCGUAUUCGUGUACCUCGAGGUUUGCUGUUUGGACAGCACACACCUUCGGGAUCGGCGCAUACUUUUUUCGUUGAGUAAAUUAACACUUCCGGUUCCGGUUUUAGGGGCGCGCAGGUUGAACGAGCGCAUCCGGGACUAAUUUUGGCCAUUUAGCGCUAAUGACGCAUUAUUACUGCUUCAUGCAUAUAUCUCUACGCUAACUUGGUGCAUCUCUUGUCUCAAGCUUCAUUCUGGCGCCUUUUCCGUUGUCCUACGUGCACUCGAAGACCUAAAAUAGCCUUAUUCUGACAAACAUGACCACAAAGUGGCAGCCAAAUACCCAGGUCCCACGAACCCCUAUUCGACCUGAACCCUGCUCAGAAGACCUUGUCUUCGAAAUUAUUAUAAUAGAUAGGCUAUCAUACCAUUCAUACCAUCAUUUAUUAGCCGUUCUUGGUUCAAAAUUGUCGAUUUACCUACAAAGCUGUGAAGCACUUGUGCCUGUUUUCGCCUUUGUUAUGCUCGCAUCUUGUGAAGAGGUCGCCCUGACGAAAUGCUGAGUGAACCCCGCUUUCUAGUUUAGCGAUUAAUAGCUGUUCUUGCGCCAAUGCUCUAGCGCUGUGUAUUCCUUGCUGUUACGUACGCGCGGUGGGCACUUGGCUCUCUUAAAUUUGUUCUGUCUGUCACUUAUGGGGGUUCAGCAUCGUUCCAAACACAUUCCCAUGAGAUUCACAUCUAAAAUGAAGAGUAUCUAGGCAAAUAUUAUUGUGUACAAUAAAGUUUCUUUAUUCCUGUUUCGUA